GAGAUUCAACUCUUCACUUCUUUGUUUUUAACUUUCUGUAAUCACCUCAGCUCUGAAUUCGACACACAGUUAUAUUUCUGAUGCAUAUCGCUCUGCAGAGCUUUGAAGUCGAGUAGGUCCCCUCUAUAUCUUUGAAAGAUCGGAUUGCUGUAGUUCAUAACUAAAUGAGUUCUCUAUGUUUACCAGAAGUUAAGACAUUUUUCUUGUGAAACGAUAAUUUGUUAUAUCUUGAAAUGAGUCCUUUUACGAGGUUUAGGAGAACUGGUCACUCUAACUCGGGAAGUAUAUUCAGGGAUAGAAGUUGGUUCCAUCCGUUUCUAGCUAGUUUAUCCAUCUUGAUUACUUUGUUUAUGUCUGCUGGUCUUUUAAUGUUUUCAUCUUCGUUUUUUUGGGAUCCACAUCAGUUCGACAUUGUUUCAUUUGCAAGGUCAGACUCAAGUGGAUAUUUUGUAGAGUCGGAAUUAAAUAGAUUGUCUGAAACCAGUAGGGUUUUAAAAACAGAAGCACCAAGAUUUGCUUAUCUUAUUUCAGGCACAAGUGGCGAUUGUCAGAGAAUGCUGAGAACCUUACAGGCUGUUUAUCAUCCAAGAAACCAGUAUAUACUGCACAUGGAUCUUGCAGCUUUGCCACGUGAAAUGUUGAAUCUAACAAUGUCGGUGAAGAAUGAUCCUGUGUUUCAUGAAAUUGGUAAUGUCUAUGUGAUGGAGAAGUCGAAUAUGGUUACAUAUAGAGGGCCUACAAUGAUCGCAACUACUCUUCAAGCAAUUGCAAUUUUGUUGAAGAAGAGCGCUAGCUGGGACUGGUUUAUAAACCUCAGUGCUUCAGAUUAUCCUCUUAUGACACAAGAUGAUAUGCUUCAUGUUUUCUCUAAUAUGUCCAGAAAUAUGAACUUCAUCGAACACACAAAGAUACAUGGUUGGAAACUCCAUCAUAGAGCAAGGCCGAUUGUGGUUGAUCCUGGUCUUCACUUGUCGAAGAAAUCUGGCAUUUUCUGGACCACCCAACGGAGAUCAAUCCCGACCUCUUUUAAGUUGUUUACUGGCUCAGCUUGGGCGAUCCUCAGCAGAUCAUUCGUCGAAUACUGCAUAUGGGGAUGGAACAAUCUUCCAAGGACUAUCUUGAUGUACUACACAAAUUUUAUUUCCUCUCCAGAAGGCUAUUUCCACACUGUGAUCUGCAACACUGAUGAAUAUCGCAACACUGCAAUAAGCCAUGAUCUCCAUUACAUUGCCUGGGACAGUCCACCAAAGCAACAUCCCAAGUCCUUGACAAUGAAAGACUUCGACAACAUGGUAAAUAGCAGUGCCCCAUUUGCCCGAAAGUUUGCCAAGGAUGAUCCAGUUUUGGACAAGAUUGAUAGAGAGCUUUUAGGGCGUACUAAUCGGUUUGUCCCUGGAGCAUGGUGCAUAGGUAGCUCAGAAGCCGGGUCUGAUCCUUGCUUCUUUCGUGGUAAUGAUUCGGUGUUUAGGCCAGGCCCUGGUGCUAAGAGGUUGAAAGUGCUAACUGAUCAGCUUCUGUCUAAGGAAUUUCGAGACAAGCAAUGUAAACUGUGAUAAAGCAAUGUCUGGAAGCUUAUUUGAAUCAGGUUGUAAAAGCUUAUUUCUCCCA